UCUAUGAUACUCGGAGGUCACAACACUCGGUGUCUGACAGGAGCAUGAUGGCGGCGCCCUGUGUGAGACAUGCCGGCAGGUGGCUGUGCAAAUUGCGGGAUUCGGGGCGGUCUGUCAGUACGGCAGUGACCGGGGAAAAUCAGUCGAAUGUAGCCGGUAAAGAGGCGGGGAGUUCCCCUGUGAUGGAUGAGAAGUGGCUGGAUCCUCUCAGGAUCCAGAAGAGCCGUCUCACAAGUGAUGUCAGUAUGAGGGAAUGUCCGGGACCAGCUUGUGCGGGCAUGCAUGCAGCACUGUACCCAGAAACGGAGGGUGGUGAAAGAAUGGUGCUUAGCCCAGAAGAGAAGGAAACCUUUGCCUCUUUACUUCGUCAUUCGCCACUUAUUCAGAUGGGUCCAGCAAAGGACAAGGUAGUUGCUGGAGAAAUUGUGCUCGUUAUUGAUGAUGACCUGUACGUCGAUUUUGGGGGCAAGUUUCACUGUGUGUGCAAGAGGCCCGAGCAAGAUGGAGAAAAAUACCAAAAAGGGACUAAAGUGCGCCUGAAGCUUGUUGACCUGGAGCUGACUUCAAGAUUCCUAGGAGCCAUUACAGAUACGACCUUGCUGGAAGCAGAUGCUGUUCUAUUAGGAAUAUCGCAGCAGAAAUCAUCAGAUUUGUCAUAAAUAUUAAA